AUGACGGUGACAAAGUACGCACUAAAGUUUGAUAAACUUGCCAAGUUCACGACAGAUUUAGUGCAAACCAAUGAAACUAGAGUAGACCGGUUUGUUGGAGGUUUAAAGCCUAUGAUAGCCAAAGAUGUGGAGAUUGUAUUGAUAGAGGGCAACAAUACAUAUGCUCAGAAAAGGAAAGGAAGUGACCAGGCAGGGCAGUCAAGCCAAGAUAAGAGCGCCAGAGAUAAUAAGGGAAAUCAUCACAAUGGUAACAAGGAAUGGGUAUGGUGCCCAAAAUGUGAUAAAUGUAAGAAGCAUCACCAAGGCGAAUGUCGGGCAAACGCAUGUUAUGGUUGUGGCAAGGAAGGACACAUCAGGAAGAACUGUCCACAGAAGACUCGGAAAGGGGUUAAAGAACACCACAAGAAGGAUGAUAAUCUAGUUCUAGCACGUGUGUUCGCUCUCACCAAGCCUCAAGCAGAAGCAAGCACUUCCAUGGUCUCAGGUCAGAUUUUUAUCGCUGGAAUUGAUUGUCAUGUUUUAAUUGAUUAUGGAGCCACUCAUUCUUUUGUUUCUAAGAUAAUAUUAGAUAGAUUUAAUAGACCCCAUGAGAUGCAUGCUAAGGGGUUUGGGACCAUGUUACCAACUGAAGAGGUGGUAAUAUCUAGGAAGUGGUUUAGAGCUUUGCCUUUGAGGGUAGAUGAUAGGGAGAUAUAUGUAGACUUGAUUGAACUGGAUAUGUCCGAUUUUGACGUAAUCCUUGGGAUGGAUUGGCUAACAAAGUACAACGCUACCAUCGAUUGCAAGAAGAAAGUGGUGGUGUUUAAGCUUGAUGGAGAAGAGCCUUUUUCGUUCAUGGGAAUAGCAACAGGACUACGAAUUCCCAUCAUUUCAGCGUUAGAAGCUGGGAAGAUGUUACUGCAUGGAUGCAUGGGAUUUUUGGCAAGCGUGGCUAAUACAACAGAAAUGGGGACGCAGAGACCGAAAGACACGAGAAUAGUACGCGACUACUUGGCUAAUAUGCAUGAUGUUAGGGCAUGA